AUGUACAGAGUGUUCCUAAGUUCAGGCUACACCAUGGAUAAAAUAGAUAACGAUAUAGGUUUUUCAUACACGAGAGAAGAAAUCAAUAGACAAUCUCUAGAAACACGUAAACAAUCUCUAGAACCCAGUAAACAAUCUCUAGCAAGCAGUAAACAAUCUCUAGAAAUCAAUAAACAAUAUCUAGACACAAAAACAAGUAAACAAUCUCUAGAACCCAGUAAACAAUCUCUAGAAAUCAAUAAACAAUCUUUAGAAAUCAAUAGACAAUCUCUAGAAACAAGUAAACAAUCUCUAGAACCCAGUAAACAAUCUCUAGAAAGCAGUAAACAAUCUCUAGAAAUCAAUGAACAAUCUCUAGAAAUCAGUAAACAAUCUCUAGAAAUCAGUAAACAAUCUCUAGAAAUUAGUAAACAAUCACUAGCAUUCGAUAAACAAUCUCUAGAAAUCAGUAAACAAUCACUAGAAAUCAAUAAACAAUCUCUAGAAAUCAGUAAACAAUCUCUAGAAAUCAAUAAACAAUCUCUAGAAAUGAGUAAACAAUCUCUAGAAAUCAAUAGACAGUCUCUAGAAACAAGUAAACAAUCUCUAGAAACAAGUAAACAAUCUCUAGAAACAAGUAAACGAUCUCUAGAAAUCAAUAAACAAUCGCUAGAAACAACAGCAGGCCCCGUGACACACCUGGGGGUCACCUACAGCAGCAGGCCCCGUGACACUCCUGGACCACCUACAGCAGCAGGCCCCGUGAUACACCUGGGGGUCACCUACAGCAGCAGGCCCCGUGACACUCCUGGACCACCUACAGCAGCAGGCCCCGUGAUACACCUGGGGGUCACCUACAGCAGCAGGCCCCGUGAAUCACCUGCAGCCAGCAGCAGAUUUCCUGUACCACCUACAGCAGCACGUGAUACACCUGGGGGUCACCUGCAGCAGCAGGCCCACACCCUGGACACCUGGGGGCAGCAGGCCCCAUGGCACCCUGGACCACCACAGCAGCAGACCCCGUGA